CUGAAAAAAUGUGAGAAACAGAGUGGAGUGGUGAAUGGGAGGAAGAUUGAUGUCAUCGACACCCCGGGGCUCUAUGACACAACAAUGUCUAAAGAAGAGAUGAAAAGUGAAUUAGUCAGGUGUAUAGAACAGUCAGUCCCAGGACCCCACGCCUUCCUGCUGGUGAUCAGACUGGGGAGGUUCACAGAGGAUGAGAGGAACACUGUGAAGUGGAUCCAGGAGAACUUUGGAGAAGAAGCCUCAAUCUACACCAUCGUGCUGUUCACACAUGAAGAUCAACUGAAGGGAAAAUCAGUGGAGGAGUUUCUGGCUGAGAGCAAAGAUCUACAGAAACUCAUCAAUAUCUGUGGGGGCAGAUAUCACUCCCUAAACAAUGACAAGAGAAAACACAACACUCAGGUCCCAGAGCUGCUGAAGAAGAUAGAGGAGAUGGUGGAGAAGAAUGGAGGAAAACACUACACCAAUGAGAUGUACCAGGAGGCCCAGAGGAAGAUCGAAGAGGAGGAGGAGAGGAAGAGACAGGAAAAGGUGAAGAGAGAGAGAGAGGAGACAGGAAGAGGAAGAAAGAAUAAGAAGAGAAGAGAAAUUGAAUAACUGCAAGUGGUCAGCACUUUUUGGUUCGGCUGUAUUGGGGUUGGGAGCCAUGUACGAUCCAGUGUCCAUUGGAACAGGGGCUGUGUUCGCCGUUUUUAAAGGUGUUGACUGUGUGCACACCUAUUUCACCUCAGAUAGUUCCAACUCAGAAGACCAGAAGGAAUAAAAUUUCCACAUUCACCAUCUCACAUUGUUUUGAAAUUAAGAUUAAUUAUUGUGUUAUAUAAUAUAAAUAUAAUUUGAUCUCUGAGAAAUUAAGCUAAUUUAUUGCACCCAAAUUGGACAUUUUAAUUGAUAGGAUUCAUGUACUAUUCAAUAAAUAUAGUACCCAACAUCUGAUCUGGAUCCAAUUGUUCCCCAACAAUGAUUAAGAACAAAGAAUGUUCAAAAGCCUCAGAUCAGAUGUUGGGUUUUAUUUCACACUAA